AUGCAAACAUUUUCGUCGUCGUCGUCACGCGAGGCGGAAAGCUCCGGCUCCGCCGCCUCACUUGGUAAGCGCCGCACGGUCAACCACAAGCGGCGACUUUUCGAUGCCAAGGUGACAAAGCUACUUCGGUCUUGGAUCGACGCCCACAAGGCCGACCCGUACCCGUCGAGCGCUGAGCUUGAUGAGAUGUCCGAGUCCACGGGCCUGAGCGUGGCCCAGCUUCGCCAGUGGUUCGCCAACGCGCGCCGCCGGACUCUCAAGCCAUCGCGCAACUCGGGUAAGAUGCGGUACCGCUCAUUGUCGACAGAGUCGUCUUCGUCGUCGUCACUCCUGGGCAUGACCUCGGGCAUGCCUGGCCAGAACUACUCAGUCAUGAUGCCAGGAGCGCAGUUCGGCCACUACCCGCAGAUGAUGUACACCUCAUCGCAACUCCAUGCUGCGGCCAUGCAAGCGCAGGCCCAGGCUCGAGCCGCCCAGAUGCACGCCAACCAGUGGGCCCAGCGCAUGGCCAUGUACAACGCCAUGGCUGGUCCCCAGUCGCACAUGCCGCCGUCGAUGCCGCCGUCGAUGCCGUCGUCGAUGCCGCCAUCGAUGCCGUCGUCGAUGCCGUCGUCGAUGCCAACCACCUCGAUGCAGCCUCUCUCCAUGACCGGCCCCAUGCAGGGUGGCGACCCGGUCAUGCAGCGCCUCCAGGCUCUACAGGCCCAGCAGAACAUCCUUUCGAGGAUGCAGUCACUGUCGGGCAAGCCUGGUGCCGUCUCGUCUUUGCAAGCUUCCAUGCCCGUGAUGCCCUACGGCAAUGUACAGGUCCAGAGUAUGCAGGUCCAGAGUCAGCUGGGCUCACAGCUGACCCAGCUCCAGGCCCAGAUGUCGUCGUCGUCCAUGCAAGGUCAGAUGUCGCAGACCCAGAUGACAACCUCGCUGUCGCAGACUCCCAUGCAGCUCACCUCCAUGUCGCAGACCCCCAUGGCGGCCUCGAUGACGACCUCGCUUCCUCAAGCUCAGAUGAUUCAGGCUCAGGCCGCUCAGGCCGCCCUGGCUGCCCAGGCCGCGCAAGUCCAGGCCACCCAAGUCCAAGUCUCACAAGCUCAGCCGUCGCAGCCGCCGGCAACGCAGGCCCAGUCCGACCAGGCUCAGUCCAGCAAGCCUCUGGCCAACCCACAGUCAGACUCGUCGAGUGAUGAGCCUACUGCGCCAAAGUCCCGCGAAGCCAACACUCCUGAGCAGGUCUCCCCGUAA